GUUAGGUGUGGAAGUUAGAGCGUAGAAGUGACGGAAGGAGAGAUGUUGAGAGGAGAAGCAUUGAGCGCCUACAGAGCGCUGCUUAAAGCGACUCGUAAAUCGUUUGCCGGCGACAGUUUGAUGUUAAACGCGUCGGCGUUGGAGGUCAGGAAGAAAUUCGAGGAGAGCCGUCAAGUGACAUCCGACGCCGAAAUCCAAAGACUCCUUGAAGAGGCUCGGGAGGCUUCGCAAUUUAUUUCUACUAUGAUCGUCCAAGCCAAACUCAAUGAACGAGGCGGCUACGAAGUAAAGCCAGGUAAGGAUCAUGCAGGAGCAACCCUUGAAAUUCCUUCCGAAGAAAUUCUUGGAAAGUCCACAUAAGGAGAGGGAAUUUGUACCUCUACGCAGCAUGGCUGGUGAUAGCCUAGCUUAUUAGCAAACGAUGUAGUCUGAAGUUCGGUGGCCAUGGAAGAUUCUUGUUUCUUUAUUGAUGGCCAUACUUGUUUUGAUUGACUUGUCUUGAGUUCUAGAUCUCAUUUAAAUGAUUAGGUAACCUGUACUACAAGCAAUUUGCUUUAUUUCCCAGCAUUGUGUUUUGAGUAAUAAUAUAUGUGGCUAUUGCUUAGCCUGACAUGUAUGAUUUGUGAAUGUCACUUUGCGUUAUAUU